ACCAGAUCCGCAUUAAGCUCAGGUAUUAAUGAGCCCUCUCGCAGCUGAGGGAAGGAGCACUGAAAGAGAACUUAAUAUCGAGCACUGCGCCGCGGUGGCCAUGGCAGCGUUGCUUCGCAAAGGUUCCCCUCCCUCCCCGCAUGGGCACGGCCGCGUCGACGACGAGACGAGUGCCCCGGCCACGAGGGCGCUGCGCUUCCGGUAACUUCCGCCGUUAUAAAUUGCGCCGGGCGCUCACUCCCACAUGUUAAACUGCCGCACCCGCACGCCUCCCCAGUCAAACACAGCUCAGCUCAGCUCAGCUAGCGAACUCCUCUUAUCGACACAGUCCCCGACGCACGCCCUGAUCCCUCUGCUUCGCUUCCUUUCUCCCUCCUCCCGCUCGAUCGGAUUCACCGUUCACCGUCCGCGCUCUCCAGUCUCCACCCGCCGCGGUCAACCCGAUAGCGCCGUGGUCAGGAGGUGGGAUUGAUUGCAAGUGGGGAGCGCGGGGUGGGUGAUGUACGGCUCGCCGGUGCCCAAGGACCUCAACCUGCCAGCAGCCCAGCAGCCGCAGCCGACCACGACCAGGACGCCGCCGCAGAUGAGCUCCCCGGGCCUGCUGCGGUACAGGUCGGCGCCGAGCACGCUGCUCGGCGAGGUGAUGUGCGGGGAUCACGACUUCCCCGGGGCGGCUGCCGGCGCGGCAGGGCACGGCCCGGAGCACGCCGCCGCGGACAACGUCCUCGCCCGGUUUCUUGCCGGGCACCACGCGGAGAUCCCCGACUGCAAGCCUCCCCGCCCGGCCGCGGCCGCCCACUUCAUGGAGGACGCCGCGUCCGUGGCCGCCUCGCAGCAGCAGCAGCUCAUGUACCCGUCGCAGCAGCAGAUGGCCGCUAUGGAGGGGCUCUACCGCAACGUCAGCUCCGGCGGCGCGGAGCAGGCUGUUGCCGCCGGCGCCAGCGGCGGCGCCGUGCUCCGUCAGAGCAGCUCCCCCGCUGGUUUCCUGAACCAUCUGAGCAUGGACAACGGGUACGGGAGCAUGCUCCGGGCGGGCAUGGCCGUCGGCGGGUUCAGGAACGGCGUCGUCGGCGACGCGCGGCUCAAGGGGCAGCUGAGCUUCCCGUCCCGACAGGGGUCGGUGAUGUCGCAGAUCUCCGAGGUGAGCAGCGAGGAGCUCGACGGCGGCGGCAGCCCCGAGGCGGCCGGCAGCAACGGCGCGGCGCGCGGGUACGGCGGCAUCCCGGGGUACCCGAUGGGCGGCGGCUCGUCCGGCGCCUGGGCGGACGAGCAGUCGCCGACGUCGUCCGGCGCGAAGCGCCCCCGCGACUCCGGCCCGGCGCCGCAGAACGGGCAGCAGCAGCAGCCGCUGGCGCCGCAGCUCAGCCUGCCCGGCGGCGGCGGCAACGGCGUCGGGAAGCAGCCCUCGGCGGAGAUGGCGGCGAUCGACAAGUUCCUGCAGUUCCAGGACGCCGUCCCCUGCAAGAUCCGCGCCAAGCGCGGGUGCGCCACCCACCCCCGCAGCAUCGCCGAGCGGGUGAGGAGGACGAAGAUCAGCGAGCGGAUACGGAAGCUGCAGGAGCUCGUGCCCAACAUGGAAAAGCAAACCAACACUGCCGACAUGUUGGAUCUGGCCGUGGACUACAUCAAGGAUCUUCAGAAGAAGGUCAAGGUGCUGAACGACGGCCGCGCCAGCUGCACCUGCUCCGCCGGCAAGCUGCUGCAGAACCAGUUCGGCAGCUGAAACAGCCGCCACCUCUCACGGCUGGAUGCGGCGCGCCACGGCCGCAAGGCCUGGCCGGAGGAGAAGCCUCUGCACCGGCCGCAUCCUCUGGUCCUAGUCCUACCGGUGUACUUGCCAGCGUAUAUGAGGAGGUGAAACCGUAAAAGAAAAAGAUACUUGUAGAGAUUGGCUGAUCUACUCAAAAUCAAAGAUAUUUACUUGAGGGGCAGGAGACUACAAACUAAAAAUGGGAAAAAUACCAUACUUUGGUCGGAUUCUUGGUUGAAUAACAAGCCUCUCUGUGUGACAUAUCAUGUACUCUAUGACCUCUGCUCUGAGAAAGACAUCACGGUUUUUGAUUUCUUAAGAAAAAAUGGUCAGAUUGGGUUCAGCAGGAGGCUGCCACCCAUUCUCUUCUCUAGCUGGGUGGAUAUGAUGAACGAUAUAUUUUCAUUCCACUUCGAAAACAGUCCAGACAAAACUGGGUGGAGAUGGAAUAGGAAUGGAAAGUUUUCCACCAAAUCUGUGUAUGAACAUAUUUCUCAUAGAUCUUGUAGAGGGGAUUUCAAACACAUUUGGAAAAGUAGACUGCCCUACAAGAUUAAGAUCUUCACUUGGUUGGUGGAAAACAAGGUUGUCCUGACCAAAGACAAUUUGAAAAGGAAGAAUUGGCCAGGAGAUCCUAGUUGUUGCUUUUGUCCGCAAAUUGAAACUGUGGAUCAUUUGUUCUUCACAUGCCCGGUGGCAAGAGUCACUUGGGGUAUUGUGUCGAUUUGUCUUGGGGCAACCAAUAUACCCCAAAAUACAUCACAAUACAGACCCUGGAUCAAGAGAUGGCUUCCUGGUGGUGAGGCGGUUCACCAUCUUGGUUUUACUGGCA